CGAACUCCACAUUUAAUUUCGAUAGCCCCAAAGAAAGCAUAGCUGUCUCCACUCUUUCUGUUUUUCGUGGUCUCUUUCUUCCUUUCUGGGAAAGCCCAUCACUCAAUUCCUCCUUGGUUCUUGAUAACUGAGAUGAGAUGAAUGGAGUCACUAGCCCCCAAGCAGUAUCAGAUAUGGAAAAUCCGAUCCCUUCUCUUUUCCGACAACUGUUUCCGCUCGACCCAUUAGUAAAUGCCCAAAAAGAACAGAGCACAAUUCUCAGGUACCUGUUAGGAGUUUGAGGAGGAGGAAGAUCAGCAGUUCUUGACCCAACAAUAAAGGCUGCUCUAUAUAAUUGCUACCACUUGCAUACAGAUGUUUGGGUACCAUAAUUUGAUAAACGACAGAGCUUCUGAGACAAUGAAGAGGGAAGAUUUGUGACAAGGAUGGAUCCACAAGCUUUCACCAGGCUCUCGGUCGGCUCAUUAGGGCUGCGGAUUCCCGGCACAACUGUAAGCUCCGUGAAGUCUGGAAUUCAACCCUUGUCUUCCUCCUUGUGCCUGUGCGAGAUUCGCCUCCGAGGGUUCCCAGUGCAGACCACUACAAUCCCAUUGUUCUCCUCCCCUGAAGCCAUUCCCGACUCUCACAGCAUUGCCUCGAGCUUCUACCUCGAGGAGUCCGACCUAAAGGCCCUUUCAGCCCCUUCCUGUUUCUACAACUCCCAGGCUUACCUUGAGAUUGUAGUCUUCAGUGGGAGGAAGGGAUCCCACUGUGGGGUAGGAAUCAAGAGGCAGCAGAUAGGGACAUUUAGGCUCGAGGUGGGCCCUGAGUGGGGUGAGGGGAAGCCCCUGACUCUAUUCAAUGGAUGGAUCGGGAUUGGGAAGAGUAAGGUGGAAUCGGGGAAACCCGGAGCAGAGCUUCACCUGAGAGUGAAGUUAGACCCUGAUCCCAGGUAUGUUUUCCAAUUUGAGGACAUGACAAAGUUGAGCCCUCAAAUCGUUCAGCUUCAGGGCUCCAUCAAGCAACCCAUCUUUAGCUGCAAGUUCAGCCGAGACAGGGUGUCACAGGUGGAUCCAUGGUCUAGUGCUCCUGAUGGAGCCAACCAGGAGAACGAAAGACGGGAGAGGAAAGGAUGGAAGGUGAAAAUACAUGACCUCUCUGGAUCGGCUGUUGCGGCAGCCUUCAUAACGACUCCAUUUGUGCCGUCGUCAGGUUGUGAUUGGGUGGCUAGGUCCAACCCAGGGGCUUGGCUCAUUGUGCGGCCGGACCCAUGUGGCGGCCCUGACAGCUGGCAGCCUUGGGGGAAGCUUGAGGCAUGGCGGGAACGUGGGAUGAGAGACUCUGUCUGCUGCCGGUUCCGGCUCCUCUCGGAGGGGCACUGGGGCGGAGGGGAAGUCCUCCUGCCUGAGAUAAGCAUCAACGCUGAGAAGGGAGGGGAGUUCUUCAUCGACACCGAUAGGCAGAUGAGGACAACGGGUGGCCAACAGGCUAGUGCGAGCCCUGUCCCGAGCCCCCAUAGCAGCGGGGACUUCGCAGGCCUUGGCCCAUCGGUUGGGGGGUUCGUAAUGAGCUGCCGAGUCCAAGGGGAGGGAAAGAACAGCAGGCCCCUCGUGCAGCUGGCAAUGCGGCACGUGACUUGUGUGGAGGAUGCUGCUAUCUUCAUGGCCCUCGCUGCCGCCGUUGAUCUAAGCAUCGAGGCCUGCAAGCCCUUCCGCCGGAAGAUCAGGAGAGGGUCGUGGCACUCCUUGUGAUCGAUUGAUAAUCAUUCUUGACCAGCUCAUUGUGUUUACUGUUUUUCGCCCCUCCCCUUCCUAAGAACUCACGACGAUUGAACUGUUGUCAUGAUUGGUCAUGGUGUACAUAAUUAUCAUUUUCAGGUAAUGACUCCUUUUUUCUUUUUUCUUUUUUA